AUGAUCUUUCUCGGCUGCCUGCCUGUUCAUAUCUAUCUAUCUAUCAAUCUAUCUCUUCAUAUCUACCUAUCGCAGUCUCUUCAUCUCUAUCUAUCUAUCGCACUUCAUAUCUAUCUAUCUAUCUAUCUAUCUAUCUAUCUAUCUAUCUAUCUAUCUAUCGCAGUCUGUUCAUAUCUAUCACAGUCUAUUCAUAUCUAUCUAUCUAACUACCUAUCGCAGUCGCUUCAUAUCUAUCUAUCUAUCUAUCUAUCUAUCUAUCUAUCUAUCUAUCUAUCUAUCUAUCGCAGUAUUUUCAUAUAUAUCCCAGUAUCUAUCUAUCUAUCUAUCUAUCUAUCUAUCUAUCUAUCUAUCUAUCUAUCACAGUUUCUUCAUAUCUAUCUAACUACCUAUCGCAGUCGCUUCAUGUCUAUCUAUCUAUCUAUCUAUCUAUCUAUAGCAGUAUUUUCAUAUAUAUUCCUCUAUCUAUCUAUCUAUCUAUCUAUCUAUCUAUCUAUCUAUCUAUCUAUCUAUCCAAGUCUCCCCAUUAUCUCUUUCUUUCUUUCUUUCUUUCUUUCUUUCUUUCUUUCUUUCUUUCUUUGCUUUUGA